ACAGUGGAGCAUUUCCCUUUUAUCAUAUUUAAUACAGAUGUGUACAGUGUUCUCAAAACAAAACAAGUUUGCAGUUGUUCUUUCAUUGCUACCACAGGACCAGGAGGAAAUGAAUGCUAUGUCACAUGCAGACAGAUAAAGGAGGAGAUGUGAAAGUAACAAUAAAACAAAAUGUGCCGAAGACGAGAACAGGAAGAGAAAAAAGCCCUGUCUAGGAAAUGAAAAUACAAAGGCAGAAGUGCAAGUGAGAGCAAUUGAGGUGUGCGGGAUUGAGAGGGAGGAUUACAUUUCAUGAGAAGAAGCAAAUUGUUGAAAAGCAAGUGAAACUUUGGAUACUGACUACAGCUACACUAUGGGUGAGUCUAGUAUCUGCCAAGUAAGAGCAACAGUCAUGCUGUAUGAUGAUGUCCACAAGCGAUGGGUGCCAGCGGGAUCUGAGGCUCCUUCCAUCAGCCGAGUCCACAUCUAUCAUCACCCUGGGGCUAAUACCUUCAGAGUGGUGGGACGCAAACUGCAGGCUGACCAGCAGGUGGUGAUCAACUGUCCUAUUGUCAAAGGGAUAAAGUACAACCAAGCCACUCCAAACUUCCAUCAGUGGCGGGAUCCCAAACACGUGUGGGGGUUGAACUUUGGCAGUAAGGAAGAUGCUGCUCUUUUUGCCGACUCCAUGAUGCAUGCAUUGCAGGCUCUUCAUUCUCCAGCAGGCACAGGCCCGGCUCAGAACGGACCCUCUUCACAGGAGCUGGAGGAGCAUACAGGGGCCGAGUGUCAGAGGCAGGAGAAGGAGACCACUGCCCCUGCUGCUCCUCCUGCCCCUGCCACCACUCCACCCUCCCCCCCUGGACCCCCACCACCUCCGGGCCCACCACCACCAACUCCUGCUGGGGGAGUGGUCCCACCUGCACCACCACCGCCCCCUUCAGGAGGAAGUGGGGGUGGAAACAAUCUGGCGACAGCUCUGUCAGGAGCCAAACUGCGUAAAACUGUGAAGGAUGAGGGAGGAGCAGCAACAUCAGCAUCCUCCUCUGGGGGAGGUGGAGGAGCUGGUCUAAUGGGAGAAAUGAGUGCCAUCCUUGCUAGGAGGAGGAAAGCUUCUGAUAAUCCUGCUGCAAAACAACCUGAGAAUGAGGAUACCCCAAAGUUCUCAGAACCGGGAGAAAUCGACGGAAAGUCCAAAGAAAAAUAUGCUACAAUUCCAAGAAUGAAGGUGGGGAAAAAUAACUCGGAUGGCACCGGAAAUGAUAUUGAAGGAAUCAAACAGGAAAUUAUUGAAGAAGUGAAAAAAGAACUUCAAAAAGUCAAGGAGGAGAUUAUCACAGCUCUGAUGCAGGAGCUGCAAAAGGUCGAAGACUAAAAGAUCCCAAAAACUAUAACAAAUAUUUGUAAUGUUUUGCCAUUCAAUGCUUGCAAUUAAUAUAUUUAAACAUGUUAAAAAGAGGCAAAAUAUCAAUGCCAAUUUAUUCAUCACUAUUUAUCAUUUUGUCGUUGUAUAGUUUUGAGCAUGACCAUAACUGGAUUUAUAUAACCAACCUACCAGUAAAAUAAUUAAUAAUGGAUAUUUAUCAAAAAGCUUUAGCCUGUCCAGAGGCGUACGUCAAGGGUGUCCACUGUCUCCAUAUCUGUUUCUAUUAUGCAUUGAAAUUCUUGCUAUCAGAAUUAGAAACAAUUCAUGUAUAACAGGCUUAAGAUCAAAUUGUAUUGAAACAAAAGUAACAUUAUAUGCAGAUGAUGCAACUUUCUUUCUACAGCCUGAAAAAACUUAAUUAGAUGCCCUCAUAGUUGAUUUAAAUAACUUUUCAAAAUUAGCUGGGCUAAGGCCUAAUUUUGAUAAAUGCUGUAUUAUGAGAAUAGGAACAUUAAGAGGCACAGAUUUCGAGCUACAAUGCUCAGCUCCAGUCAAAUGGUGUAAUGGUUCCAGGGCUCGACAUUAACGACUGCCCGAUGGCCCGAGGCAAUCUAGUAUUUAGCUCGGGCAAUGAAGCCUCACCUGCUGGUUGCCCGAUCGGGCAAUCUAUUAUGGCAAUUGUGGAGACGUGUCAGUGCCUGACAGCGGUCAAAUCGGUUGGAAAACGAUGAAAAAGUUGCCAAAAGUCGGUCUACCCGUCUUUCUUCUUGGACGUCGCCCAGAGUUCCCGUUAGAAUAUUUUUUCGCCGGUUAACAUGUCCGUUAAAGUUAAAUUUUGCUCAAUUUGACAUUUUUUAGCUCUGUUUUUGCAAGUGCAUUUUGCAUGAUAGGUCCCCUUUAAGUAAAAAUAUUCAUACCACACUGUAAGAAUACUCUAUUACAAGUGAAAAUCAGGUAAUGAAAAUGUUACUUAAAGGGGACCUAUCAUGCAAAAUGCACUUUUGUACGUCUUUUAUACAUGAAUAUGU